AAUCUCACAACUGCUUCUGUAGGCACUACAUUCUGGGAAAGCAGUGAGGGCAUACAGAUGGAGUACAUCGCUGUUUUUUUUGCUGUAUUAUUUCCAGGCGCUCUAGUGGCCUUCAAUCAUGAGUUACUGCAGGCAUUAUCCAAAGUUUCUGCUCUUCGAAUAUACUGUGCUGGUGUUUGGCAUAAUGCAGUUCUUUGUGCUGUUUGUGCCUGGGCCUUGCUCCUUCAACCCUUGAUCUUGUAUCCAUUUUACAUUCAUGAUGAAGGUCCCAUGGUACUGGAUGUGUCUCCAACAUCGCCAUUGUCUGGCUAUUUGUCUCCUGGUGAUGUCAUUAUAUCAUUGGAUGAUAUCCGUAUUAAUAAUGUUCAGGAGUGGUCACAAAUUAUUGCUGUAUUAACUGAACGGUCUCAUCAAAACACACAGAAUCAUAGCCGCCUUGAGAACUCUUUGAAAAGAAGUGUUGGUAAAGGAUACUGUAUUCCCUCUUCUUUGGUUGAAGAAGGCAAACAUGUUUCGUUGGAAGGCAAUGGAGCUUCUUGUCCUGAUGAACUAAGUGCUUUUAUAACCAUUCCAUGCUUGGAUCAGGCCAUGGCUGAAGAUGACAAUCUUGAGGUUAGCCAUCAAAGGGAUGGAGGUGAACUCCAUUGUUUUUAUGCUAAGGAUGUCUUGAAGCUUGAGAAAUGUGGUGAUGGUUGGGGCAGACUUCAUAGCAAUAGGAGCAGCUGCUUAUGUUCCAAGGAGGAAGCAUGCUUUCUUCCACUUUUGUCGACUGGUGUAGCGUGGGUGGAGAUCAUAUAUUCAAGCCCUUCUCCCCUAGAAUGCUCGCAACUUGGAAGAACACACAUUGUCGAUGAUGAUAACUCCAGGGAGAACCCCUGUGUUAAGACCUUUGUUUUUGUGGGUGAUAUAAUUUCAAUAAAGCAUUCAGUUCUCUUGACUUCAUAUCAACCUCGUUGGCCAGCUAAAUUUGGUGCACAUCUUCCCUAUGUACUGGAAAAGUUUUUGAUGUUCACCUUUCACGUCUCUUUGACACUUGCAUUUCUCAACAGCCUGCCG